AUAUUAAUGUCAAUAGAGAAAUUAGUAUUUUUACAAAUGCGCCAUCUAUUGCCAAAUGUCACAAUCGCCCGUUUCGUUCAGUUCUGGGUGUUGUCAAUUUCAUGAAAAAAUCGCCUGCAGAACAUCCAAGCAGCAGUGAUAUGUUUAUUCCCACAAACGUUCCAAUUCAAGUGCAGGGAUCAAUUAUAAAAAUCACCAGUGCAGUUACAAUAAAAAAUCGUAAUAAAUACACUUAGCCUUUUUCAAACUCAAUAUUGGAAUUUAUUUAUUUAACUUGUGAACUCUGGGAUCUUUAAUUUACUUGCUUAUUUUGAAAUUCGAAAGUGAUUUUUUAACUUAUUUUUAGUGUUUUAAGUGUUAAUUUAACCGGGAAUUUUUCGUUACUCGAAAGUGAAUUUUUGAACUCGAUUUACAACUUCAAUUCAGACUGGAACUGGAAAAAAGAUAUCCCACCUUUAUACCACAUGGUACUCGAAACAAGAGGUUUCAAAGUCUUUCCAUUGCUGUAAAGAACAAACACCAACCUAAUUAUCAGGACAAUUUACUAAAGACGGGGCAAUCCUGCCCAAAAUUUGAACAAGAAGUUGAAGUAAGUCCGACCAUUCCACGCAAGGGUAGCAGUGGCAGUGGUAGCAGCAAGGGCAGUUUUCGUGGCGCUCUAAAGAAUGCUAGUCCCAAGACAGUGACAGAGAAACGUGGUAAGGCGGUCUCGUUGACAAGGAAUUUUUCCACAUCAUCGAGGAGGUCAUGUGAAACUGGGGAGGACGUGGCCAGAGCUCUCAGCUCCCAGCCAUCCUCCCCAUCACCUCAUAUUUUAAAAGCACAGGGAAGCAACAAUUCUUGUUGUAACGUGAUUUCGCUAAAGACUGAUAAUAAGAAACAACAGGGGUGGGACCGAUCACUGGAACCGACCAAAGAGGGCAAAGGAGGCAGCAGCGAGCGUCAGGUUGCCGUAACUUCCGGCGUCGCGCCUUUGUCAACUUGUACUGGUAGUAGAGAGAAUGUACAAUCGCAAACGAGCGUCGAAAAACCAAAACAACAGCAACAGCAGCAGAAGCUCUCGCCGUCCCACACGUCAGUCGAUCUUCACCGGAAACUCAGUUCGAUCGAGUUCAUCGACGAUGAUAUCGACCAGGCGACGUCACCUCACGAUGUGACGACGUCCGCCAUUAUCGACGACGGAAGACGUCACGUGAAAGGCUAUCUGACCACUGACGACCCCGGAAGUAGCAGUCGUUGCUCGUCGUCUGGCGUCCCUUCCCGUUUAUCGUCAUCGACGCUGGGCAUUAACAACAACAACAAGUACACGAAUAUUAACAAGAAUAAUAAUCGUAAUAGUAGUAAUGGAUCGACGAAUAAUAGUGAUGGUAGUUGUGGUAAUGGAGAAGCGAAAGCCAAAGCGCCGAAAAUUACGGUCUCGAAACGAAAGAGUCGAAAAGAAAGGAAACGUGGGAGUGUCCUGUCUGUCGUCGAUUCGGCGAGCGGAAACGACAUGAACGACGACGAGAGGAAGUCAAGGUCGAGGAAAAAGGACGUCUCGACGCCUACGACGUCCGUCAAGACGAAAAUCGUCGACACUGAGACCACCAAAAUGGUCACCACGACCACGCAAGUCAACAGGUACACGUGGACCCCAAUUUCGGACAACGAAAGCACUAAAGAGGAUAAUAUGGACAAAAAACCAGAAAAGAAAUCGCGUACGAAAAGCUGUUCGUCGUUACUUGACGAGAAACUGGAUAUAAUCGAAAAACUCGCCGUCUUCAGAAAGAGUUUCGACAACGUGCAGUUUUUCCGGGACGAGGGUCUUUUCUGUAACUCUACUGGGGGCGGCGGCUCAUCCAAGAACUCCCCAACAGACGAUGCUAGCCCCAAACCUCUCGAUUCUUAUUCGAAAGAUGACUUGAAACCUGUAGCAACCAAUUUUGUCGAAAACGUAGUCGGAACAGCUACCAAAAUUGUUGAAACUGUUGCAGGACAACAAAAUGACCCAAUAAUAAGACGAAAAAAUAUUGCGAAAGCGGUCAAGAGUGAAACACGUAAAAGGAUAAUAGGAAGCGAAUCAUCACAGUCGCCGAGAGUCAAAUGCGAAAUGGGAAACGUCAGCCUACCUACCAUUCUGGUACCAGAACUGUCUAGGACACCAUCUUCUGACCUUUUGACUGCGAAAAAUUUUAUCGAAGAGUACGAAGAGUAUCACGCAAGCUGCUCAGAAAUCGCCGACUCCGAAGCCGUCGCCGACUCUGAGGCCGCUGCUGAUGAAAUCUUGGCAGAGAUUGCUGAUAAUGUCGACAAAAUUGUCGCUGACAAACAUAGGACUAAGAAGAAGAAAGACAAAUGUGUAAAACACGGCGGUGUGACUCACUGCAUCCCUAUAGAGACUGAUUCGAACGUGGACGAUGACUCGGACUAUCUGCCUAGCGAAUUACAACUGGUUCCUUACGACUCAAAGUACAAUCUACCUAAGAAUCUGUUUAAAAUCAAUUCCAAUGAAAUGGUCGAAAUAACCGACCAGAAUAUCGACAUCUUGCAUCAGAACGUCGAAAUUGCCGAAAGCAAUCCGGACAUCAUAUCGCAGUCGCAGAUAAUAGUCCUCCCUCCUUCAGAAUCUAAAGGACUUGCCGCUGAAGACGACGAAGAUGUGUACAAACCAAUCGCUGUCAGUCCGUGUGGACGCUUCUUUAAGUAUGAGGAAGAGAUCGGCAGGGGCUCUUUUAAGACCGUUUACCGCGGUUUGGAUACUCAAACAGGCGUUGCUGUUGCCUGGUGCGAAUUACAAGAGAAGAAACUGAACAAAGUCGAAAGGGCACGCUUCAGAGAAGAAGCCGAAAUGCUCAAAAAACUCCAACAUCCUAACAUCGUCCGUUUCUACAACUAUUGGGAGUCCAUCCUCAAUAAAAAGAAGAGCAUCGUCCUAGUAACGGAACUGAUGCUAAGUGGUACCCUAAAGACGUACUUGAGACGAUUUAAAAAAAUUAAUCCUAAGGUGCUAAAGUCUUGGUGUCGGCAGAUACUAAAAGGAUUGGCGUUCCUCCACUCGAGGUCGCCCCCCAUUAUACAUCGCGAUCUUAAAUGUGAUAACAUUUUCAUCACUGGCACGACAGGGUCCGUUAAGAUAGGGGACUUGGGAUUGGCCACACUGAAGAACAGGAGCUUCGCUAAAUCUGUUAUAGGUACCCCCGAAUUCAUGGCCCCCGAAAUGUACGAAGAACAUUACGACGAAGGCGUGGACGUUUACGCCUUUGGCAUGUGCAUGCUGGAGAUGGCUACCAAUGAGUAUCCUUAUUCUGAGUGCACAGGACCUGCUCAGAUUUAUAAAAAAGUCAUAUCGGGUGUGAAACCUGCCAGUUUCGACAAGGUCGAGAACCCGGAAGUACGUGAUGUGAUAGAGAGUUGCAUUCGACCCAGCAAGGAGGACAGACCGAGCGUUAAAGAGCUCCUCACGCAUACUUUCUUCGAGGAAGACGUAGGACUAAAGGUGGAGGUCGUCUCACAAGACGGAAACAAAGUCGUGUUCCGCUUGCGAGUCAUGGAUCCCAAGAAACGAACACACAAACACAAGGAGAACGAGGCAAUACAAUUCGAAUUUGAUAUGCAAACCGAUCGAUAUGAUACGAUUUCAGAAGAAAUGGCAAAGUCAGGCAUAAUCUUCGAAGACGAUGCGAAGACCGUAGCUCGUUUGCUGAAGACUCAGAUCACGCAAAUAGAGAAAGAACGUAAAGAACAAGAGAAGCAACAGGAAGCGCUUCUACAACAACUGCAGUAUCAGCAGUUCCUGCAGCAACAAGUUGAACAGGCGCAGAAACAAGCUCUCCAACAGUCCCUAAUGCAACAGCAGCAGCAGCAGCAGCAACAGCAGCAGCAGCAACAACAACAACAACAACAGCAGCAGCAGCAGCAGCAGCAACAACAACCCCAGCAGCAGCAACAGCAGCAACAACCCCAGCAACAACAGCAGCAGCAGCAGCAGCAGCAACAACAACCCCAGCAGCAGCAACAGCAGCAACAACCCCAGCAGCAGCAGCAACAACAACAACAACAACCACCACCCCCACAGCAACAGGACCUUGUACAACAAGACGCAGGACAACAGACGUUGCAGCAAAGUUAUCAGUCCCAACAACAACAACAACAGCAGCCGCAGCAACAGUCAAAUGUCCCCCCUCAAUAUAUUCGACAACAGAGUGCACCUGGCGAACAACAGCAGCCUCAACAACUCCCACAGCAGACUACACAACAGCCCGUUUAUCAGCAGCAACUCUCUUUACAAGUUACUGGGAGUCAACCAAACGUCGGUCAACCUAAUGAUCAGGCCCUUUAUCAGCGACAGAUCUCAGCAGAUGCGGCCCUACAGCAGCAACAGAUCAUCUACAAACAGCAGCCGCAGCAACAGUAUGUCCAGCAGGGCUUCCUUAGCGGCGACAGCCAGCCCCAAAAGGCGGAGUUCUCCUCGCAGCAGUUGCAGCAACAAUUUAUGCAACAACAGGGACAGCAGCAGCAAUCUACGCCACAAACUGAUUUCCAACAACAACAACAACAACAAGGCCAAGUUCCCCCUGAAUAUUUACAAGUGCAAGAUCAGCAUAGGUUGUCGACCAUUUCGCAACCGGAACUGAUACAAAAUUGUUCGCCUAAACAAGAACAUCGCCUGAGUGUCGAUAGUCAGCUCGAUCAACAAAAAAGAAACAUGCUGCAAGCUCAGCAUAUGGCAUCCAUGAGUUCGCAACCCACUAUCCAGGAACAACAGAAUGUCGUACAACAACAACACACUACAUCGCUUCAAAAUCUCGUCCAGGACCAGAACGUUGUAAUGCAACAGGUUUCGCAGUCGACUGCCCUCUUCAACCAAAAUGGUUCGAGCCAACCGAACCUCAAUCAAGAACAGCAGAUGCAACAACAACCUCACAUUAUUCCGCAACAACAACAGAUGCCAUCUAUUGCUACUCAGCAAACGACCCAACAACAACAACAACAGUGUCCGAUGAUGCAAUCUCAACAACCGAAUCAAAUGAUAUCUCAGCCGCAACAACAUAUUAUAUCCCAACAACAGCCUCAAAUGAUGUCCCAGCAGCCGCAGAUGCCGCCUCAGCAGUACCAAUCUCAACAGCAGCAACAUCCUCAACCCCAAAUGCAGCAGCCUCCUCAACCUCAAAUGCAGCAGCCUCCUCAACCCCAAAUGCAGCAGCCUCCUCAACCUCAAAUGCAG